AUUUGACAGUUGAGCACGAGCAAAGGAAGAAAAUCAGCCAAAAGAAAAACAAAAUGUCAGUAGAACUUUUUCGCUUUUAAACCUUGAAAAACUUGUUUAAUUCCGUAUUUUAAAAUGAUUCCAAGUUGCAAACGAAUAUUGUGAGUAGGGUUUUGAUCAAUUGGCCACAGAUUCGGUGGCAAAAACAGCCAUGGUCAGCGAAAUGGAACCAGGAAGUGGGGACGCGGACAUUGAAAACAUUCUCAACAUUCGGCACCUGUCCAUCGAUAAUGCGGAAAACAAUUUCAGCAAAAAGACCGCCGCCAAGAGUGGCCGCCCUCGGGCCAAGAUCUUCUCGACGGAACUGACCAACUGUCUGGCGCUGGACUGCGAGUUUGUCGGAAUCGGGCCGCACGGCAAGGAGCACAUGCUGGCCCGGGUUUCGAUCGUGAACGAGCGCGCCGAGGUCAUUCUGGACACGUACGUGAAGCCGCAAAAAGCUGUGAUAGAUUACCGGACCGAAAUCAGCGGCAUCCGGCCGGAACUGAUGGCCGAGGGGCAGGAUUACAGUGCCGUGCGGGAGACCGUAAAGUUGCUGCUGCAAGGUCGCAUCCUCGUCGGACACGCGCUCAAAAAUGAUCUGCUUGUGCUGAACCUGCGACAUCCGCGGAAUAUGACCCGGGACACGUCCCGGUAUCACCCGAUCGCGCGCCGCAUCCGUGCCCUCGGAACGCCCAGUCUCAAGAGCCUCUCGAAGCUGAUUCUGGGCGAGGAAAUCCAGAUCGGCACGCACGACUCGGUUCAGGACGCGACGGCCACGAUGAAGAUCUAUCUCAUCUUCCAGGAGGAGUGGGAAAAGUCGAUGCGAAAAUCGUCGACGCACCGGUACCGGCACCGAUGACGGCGGAGAAGAUGAGGACGAAGGUGCGGCUUCGGCUAAGCUGCACCGGAUUUUGAAGUGUUUUUUCCUGCUGUGACAUAUGAGGGACACCACCACGGUUCGGCCCGGAAUUUCAAUUGUAAAUGGACUUUUUUUUUCUUUGGACGAAUGUAAUAUAGUGAUAUAAGUUAGAAUUAAUACAAAAUAAACAUACAUUUGUAAAGCGUUA